AUGGCACGGUUCCAGAUCGUCUCCGACCUGCAUCUAGAAAAUCCCAAGGGAUACGACUUGUUUGAGAUUGCGCCAAAAGCACCAUAUCUAGCGCUCCUGGGAGAUAUCGGCAAUGUCAGGGACGAUGGCUUCCUCCUGUUCAUCGAAGAUCAGCUCCGCAAGUUUGAGAUCGUCUUUCUCGUGAUGGGAAACCACGAGCCCUUCCACUCUAGUUGGUUGGACGUGAGGGAGAAGCUGAAGCGGUUCUCUGACGAUAUAACACGCAAAGGAGCACAGAUGCAAAAUACCAAGUCCGGGUCUCACAACCUAGGGAAGUUUGUCCUUCUCGACCAAACCCGAUAUGAUCUGGCACCAGAUCUCACGGUUCUGGGGUGCACGUUUCACUCCAAGGUCAGCGAGAUGCAAGAGGAACGGGUUAGCUUCGGCUUGAAUGACUUUUACUACAUCAAGAACUGGUCGGUCGAGGAUCACUGCGCUGCUCACGAAGCUGACCGAGCUUGGCUCAACGAUCAGGUCACUGAAAUUGCAAGAUCCAACCCCCAUCAUAGAAUUGUGAUCUUUACCCAUCACAGUCCAACUGUUGCACCUCUGGCGGUGGAUCCCGCGCACGCGAAGAGUCCUAUAUCAUCGGCGUUCGCGACGGAUCUCGCCGGAGAGGCGUGCUGGGAGAAACCCCAGGUGCGACUGUGGGGAUUUGGCCAUACGCAUUACAACUGUGACUUUACAGAUAGUCGAACGGGGAAGCGUAUUGUGGCGAACCAGCGAGGCUAUUACUUUUCUCAAGCAAAGGUGUUUGAGCCAGAAAAGGUGAUAAGCAUAUGA